UUCCCAACCCUAACUUUGUUUUUCUCUGAAUUUCUUUUUCUCUUUCUUUCUCAUACAAAAAAAAUUGGUCCCUCCUCUUUCCCUCUUCAAUUCAAUUCAAGAAAAUCAAGAAAAUCAAGAAAAUAAUUUGUCCUAUACAAUCAAGAAAAUCAAGAAUCAAGAAAAUCAAGAAAAUGGGGAAAUACAUGAAGAAAUCCAAACUCACAACUGAUGUUACAGUCGUAACGGAAUCCACCGCCUUAGGUGUUCGUACCCGGGCUAAAACCCUAGCUCUCGCGGCGGCUGCUGAUUCUUCCUCCUCGUUUAUUCAGCUCAGAAACCGCCACAUCGAAAAGCCGCCUUUGAAACAUGCUGUUCAACAGAAGCAACAAGAGAAAGUUUCUUCGUGUUCAAGAAUGAAUACCAGAAGUAGUGUUGAGCAAGAGGAGGAGAGGGGUGAUGAAAUUGAAGGGGAAGAGGGGUGUUUUGGGAAUAAAGGGGAAAUAUUGGGGUUUAAAUGUGAAGCUGAGGAUUUUAGUGUUGAGGUUUCUUUUGGUGACAAUUAUCUUGAUUUUGAGUCAAGAGAAAGAAGAACUAGAGAAAGCACCCCAUGCGACUUGAUAAAGGACCCGGAUACUGUUGCAACUCCAACUUCAAUGACAAGACAAGCAAGCUCUACGGAAACCAACCGAAGAGUUAGCAAUAAUAUGCAGAGGAACAUCCCAACAGCACAUGAAAUGGAUGAAUUUUUUGCUUGUGCUGAACAGAGGCACCAGAAUCUAUUCAUUGAGAAGUACAACUUUGAUGUUGUAAAUGAAAUGCCCCUCACUGGACGCUAUGAAUGGGUCCAAGUGAUACCAUAACCGGUAUCAAUCAACAGGACUUCAAUCCCCUAUAGCUUCUCUAAUUUCAUGCUAAACGGCUUUUAAGGAGUGCUGAUAGCAGUCGGUGUCGUAUAUGUUCUGCCAAUUUUCCAGGUUCCGUGUAAACUAAUUCGGAGACAUCGAUUGGAAGAUGCAUAAAUUCAAAGACUGACCAAUUGACACAGCUAGCUGAUAAAUUAUACAUUAGCCAGAUAUUGAAUCACAAUAAGACUCACACUUUAAAGCAGAAAGGCAAAGGAAUCACUGAAGACGACGGGGGAGCAGAAAACAGAUAUAUUUUAGGGUUUAGUUUAGAUGUUUCAUUACUGUAAUUUUUAGGUGGUACAUCUAAUUGUUAGUUUCUUUUUAUUUCUAUUAGUUUAGAAAUUUAACCUUUGUCUAUACUUAGGAAUGAACCAUGAAUGUGAACAUUUUGGUAAUAAAUGUAACUCAUUUCUCAAUUCA